CAGGUUAGUUAUAUAGUACUGUGAUAUUCUAAAUUCAUAAUUUUAUAAAACCUCAAAAAUUUUUAUUUUUUUUCUCACUAUAAAACAAUCUCGAAAACAAUACAUAUUUUGCUCUACUAUUCUAUACUUAAUUUGUAAUUAUUUUUAGGCGAAUUACAAUUUAGAAAAUCCAGCAGUUUUUCAAGACACUAUACAUAUAUCAACGAAGCUUAAGACUCGUUUAUUAAAUGAAAAUAUUUCUAUGAAUAUGGGAGGAAAACGAGUAUCUAUUGACAAUAUCCGGUACAUAAUUGAAAACUAUCCUAGAGAUAAACACUUAUUAUGCAAGAGCUUCCUUGAAUCUUCCGACAAAAUGAACUUCAAUGCAAUAGACAAGUUAAGUUCUGAACAUGUCACAAAUAUGCUUAAGGAAGUUCCCAACGCCGAAGCUACAAGGCAAUAUUUAAUACUGACUCGCAACAUAUUGGAUGCAUUCUUGUUAAAAGAAAUUAGUGUUGAAAGACGAGUAUACCUAAUUUGGUAUUCAACUUUUUUCAUGCGUAUUUGGAAAGCCUGGCUAAAAAAAAAUGGUGAAAAUAUCCAAAAGAAUUUUAUCACCACAAAUGCCUAUACAUGCAUAGAAAUAAACGCUCAUGGAAUUAUUUUAGUCAUUGAAAAACUUCGGCAAAAUGGAAUUUCAGAAGCUUUUCUUCCAUGGCUGUAUAGCAGUCAGCCAUGUGAAAAAGUAUUUAGAGAAACUCGGUCCAUGAGUAGCACAUUUUCAACUAUGAUAAAUUAUACACUGCUGGAUGUUUUAAGAAGAUUAAAACGUAUACAAGCUAUGCAUGAGAUAAGCACAGACUUAGGUCCCAAUUUUAGAUUCCCCAGGCAAGAAAACAAACGACUUGGAAAUAAUUCAAGUGUCUUUAAAGUAACUGAGUUUCCAUCAACUGAUGAAAUGAUUAACAUAAUUAAAAAGGCCCAAGAAGACGCACUAUCUGACGCUAAAAAAAUUGGGAUGGAAAUGAACAGGGAUUGUUGUAUAGAAAUUAAUUUACCGACUUGUGACAAUCCGGAAGAGCAAGAAGAGGUGCAGGGAAGUAUAAUUAUCACUGAUACCAUUUCAAAGGAACAUGAGCCAGACCUCGAGCCAGACUUUUCUAAUGAAGACCGGGAGUUUCUUGAAUAUACCUCUACAUUUAAUAAUUAUGACUCUUUACAUUUGAGAGACUAUACGGGUCAAAAGAAAGCACAAAAAUCGUGUCUGUCAGUGACACUUAAAGACAAAAAAACACGAAUUAUAAAAAAAUCUACUCUAAUUUGGUUUUUUCAGGAAAAACAGGGUCGUUUAUCAACCGACAGACUGCUCCGGGUAAAGGGAAUGACAGUUAAAAAUACGCAUAAGGGGUUAUCAAAAAAAAAACAGUUCAGGAAAAAGCCAGGCCAAGGACUUCAACCAGCAGGCAAUAUCAAAAAAAGAAAAAUGUUUCGUCAACCUCAUGAACGAGCUCAUAAAGAUAGUACAUCUGAAUCUCGAUCUGAAUCAGAUGAGAUUAGCUUAGAAAGUGAAACUUUGAGUGAAGAUUUCUCUGACUUAGAAGAUUGCCAUAACGAAAGUACAAAAAUGCCAGUAAUUCAGCUAGAAUCUUAUUAUGCUGUGUUUUAUGAUACACAAUGGUAUCUAGGGCGUGUCAUCAACAGCUACAGCUCAGAAAAGUUUAAAGUGACAUUUUUACAACAAGACCUGGAUACUUUUAAGUGGCCCAAAAAAGAUGAUAUCCAAGAUGUUCACAAAGAGUUUAUAUUUUAUGGACCAGUUAGUCUAAGCGGAACUGAACCAUUUUCUUUAAAAAGAAAUGAUUUGAUUGCUAUUAAACAGAAAUACAAAACAAUCAAAUCCAUCAAAUCAUUAAAAAAUUAAACAUAUUUUUUUAUGUUAUUUAUUAUGUUAAUAAAGCUACUUUGCUUAAU